AUAAUCGGACGAGUCAGUUAUGGAGGCAAAAUAAUAACCACAUUUCGUAAACAACCCUCAUGAUGCUACACAGAAGCUCAGAAUUUGCAGGAACAACAACAACAACGCAACAAUGGUGCACACUGCAUACGAUUCAAUCCCAAUCCUCAACGAUUGCCCUAAGAAGAUCAACGUCAUUGUAUACCACGCCUCAAACAUCCUCGUCGCUUGCUCCGACGGAUCGCUACGGAUCUACGGUCCAGAAUCCGCCAUCCGAUCUCCGUCAACCGAUCUGUUUUCUCAAACCCUAGACCUUAAGAAGGAGCAGUACGUGCUUGUACGGACCGUCAAUGGAUUCUCCAAGAAGCAGGUGUUGGCAUUGGAGGUGUUGGCGUCGUUAGGGCUUUUGCUUUCGCUGUCUGAGUCGAUUGUGUUUCAUAGGUUGCCGAAUUUGGAGACGUUGGCGGUGAUUUCCAAGGCCAAAGGAGCUAAUUUGUUCGCGUGGGAUGAUAGGAGAGGGUUCUUGUGUUUUGCUAGACAGAAGAGAGUCUGUAUUUACAAACAUAAUGGAGGGAGGGGAUUUGUGGAGGUUAAAGAAUUUGGUGUUCCGGAUACAGUGAAGUCGAUGUGUUGGUGUGGUGAGAACAUAUGUAUGGGAGUUAGAAGAGGAUACAUAAUAUGGAAUGCCACAAACGGUGUAGUGUCGGAGGUCCUUCAAUCUGGGAGGAUUGCUCCACCUUUAGUGGUGUCUCUUUCUACAUCUGGAGAAAUGAUUUUAGGGAAGGAUAAUAUAGGUGUGGUUGUGGACCAAAAUGGCAAGCUCUUUCCUGAAGGCAGAAUUUGUUGGUCUGAGGCCCCUACAGCAGUUGUCAUCCAGAAGCCAUAUGCUAUCGCCCUUUUACCAAAACACAUUGAGAUCCGGUCUCUGCGGGUCCCUUUCCCACUGAUGCAAACUAUAGUUAUACGCAACGUACGUGGUAUUCAAAAAGGAAAUAACGGAAUAAUUGUUUCCUUGGAUCAAUCUAUUUAUGGAUUGUUUCCUAUACCUCUUGGUGCACAGAUUGUACAACUGACAGCAUCUGGGAACUUUGAGGAAGCAUUGGUAUUGUGUAAGUUGCUUCCACCAGAAGAUUCAAGUCUAAGAGCCUCAAAGGAACAGUCAAUUCAUAUUAGGUAUGCACACAAUCUGUUUGAAAAUGGAAGAUAUGAGGAGGCGAUGGAUCACUUUGUGGCAUCUCAAGUAGAAAUAACGCAUGUGCUCUCUUUAUAUCCAUCUAUUGUUCUUCCCAAGUUGCCGUUGUCAGCUGACAUGGACUCUUGUCUACCGGAAUCUGAUGACAGUCCUAGACUUGAACCCAAGAAAAUGAGCCACAAUACUUUAAUGGGCCUUAUCAAAUUCUUGCUGAAAAAGAGACCCAAUAUUGUUGGAAAGGCGGCUGCUGAGAGCACAGAGGAGGUUGUUAUGGAUGCUGUUGGACAAACCUUUAUCGGUAAUGAAAGCACUCGAUUGAAGAAAUCAACCAAGGGACGAGGUAAUGUCCCUACUGAUUCAGGUGCUAGAGAGAUGGCUGCAAUACUGGACACUGCACUUUUGCAGGCGUUUCUUCUGACUGGACAGGCUGCUGCUGUAUUAGAUUUACUGAAAGGUUUUAAUUAUUGUGAUUUGAGCAUAUGUGAGGAGAUCAUGCAGAAAGGACAUCAUGAUAGUUGUUUGUUAGAGCUUUACAAAUAUAACUCAAUGCAUCGUGAAGCUCUCAAGCUUCUUCAUCAGUUGGUGGAGGAUGCCACCUCAGAUAAACCUAAAGUCGCGCACCCCCAAAAGUUCACGCCUGAGAUGAUAAUAGAAUAUCUCAAACCUCUCUGUGGGAUUGACCCAAUGCUUGUGCUGGAAUUCUCGAUGCUUGUUCUUAAAAAGUGUCCAACUCAAACUAUCGAUCUCUUUUUAUCAGGAAAUAUUCCUGCAGAUCUGGUCAAUUCUUACUUAAAACAGCAUGCCCCGAGCAUGCAGGCCACAUAUUUGGAGCACAUAAUCUCAAUAAAUGAGAACGGAAUCUCUGGGAAUCUGCAGAAUGAAAUGGUGCAAAUCUAUCUUUCAGAAGUUCUUGAUAUGUAUGCUGAUCUAACGGCUCAGAAUAAAUGGGAUGAGAAAACUUAUACCCCAUCUAGGAAGAAACUCAUAUCUGCAUUGCAGAAUAUUUCUGAAUAUAAUCCUGAGGUUUCAUUGAAGCAAAUACCGGCAGAUGCUUUAUACGAAGAACGGGCAAUUUUGUUGGGGAGAAUGAACCAACAUGAACUCGCAUUGUCCAUAUACAUUCAUAAGCUUCAUCUUCCUGAACUGGCACUAUCCUAUUGUGAUCGCUUGUAUGAAUCAGAAGUUAAUCGAAAAGCUGAGGGCAACAUAUACCUAAUUUUACUGCAAGUUUAUUUAAAUCCUCAAAGAACAAGCACAAAAAUUGAGAAAAGAGUUAAAAAAUUAGUUUCUUCACCGAGGAGUAGGGAUUCGAAGGUUGGUUGGUCAUCAAUUAAAGGUAAAGGAAGAGGGUUAGGUAAGAAAAUUGCGGAAAUUGAGGGGGCAGAAGAUAAGAGAAUGAAGGCAAGUAGCAGUGACGGUGGUAAAAGUGAUUUUGAUGAUAAUGAUGAUAUUAUUGAGGAAAAUUCAAUGGUCAUUCCUGAUGAGGUCCUUGAUGUACUGAGGAAGAGGUGGGACCGGAUUCACGGGCCGAAGGCCUUGAGACUCAUGCCUAAAGAGACUAACCUACAAAAGUUGUACCCGUUUCUUGGACCUCUCAUGAGAAAAACCAGUGAAACAUAUAGGAACUUUGCGGUGAUCAAGAGUCUGAGACAAUAUGAGAGCCUUCAGGUUAAAGACCAACUGUAUAUCAAAAGGAAAGAAGAACUGAAGAUCACAACUGAGAGCGUAUGUGCACUUUGCAACAAAAACAUAGGAACCAGUGUUUUUGCAGUGUAUCCCGACGGAAACACCAUUGUUCACUUCAUUUGCUUUCGGAACUCCCAAAAUACCAAGGCUACCAGAAAAGGAUCUUCUCUUAGGAGACGAUAAAAUCAUGUUUGCCAACUUUUAGUUGUUCUUCCAUCUUUAUUCAUGUUUCUUUAUUUAUUCAUUUUUUUUUUCCAUAAACUUGUAAA